AACACCACGACUCCCUCUGUGGUUCUGAUAUGGGACUUUAGGUUAUAUACCUCUUGUGCCAUCUUUCCUGGAGUGAAUUCGGCUGAUUUAAAAAAAAAUUGCGCUCUUCCAGAAAUGGUGGGGCAUUUACAUUUACAAGCUAUGGAUGAGAGUUUGAAAGGAAAGAACCGGGAGGGACUGCUCGAUAGUCCGGAUUCAGGACUCCCUCCAAGCCCCAGUCCGCCCUUCUACUCUCUGUCGCCAGGGAUCCUUGAGUCGCGCACCGGCAGCUGUUCAACCCCGACUGAGCUGCAGGGAUACAGCAGAAAGGAGAGCCGGGAAGGCAAACUGCUGCCAUACUUGCUCCUGAACUCUCAAGGUCCAGAUGCGAGGUCACGCAUGUACCCUGUGGUCUAUGGAGAGAGCAUUGAGGUCAACCCCAAACCAGAAAAAGAAAUCAAGUUCAACUCUGCAGUGAAGUACGCUUCAGACAGACACUUUCGUGACCAGGUGUACUGCGCCCAGGUCCAGACCGCCACAUCCUUCAGCGAGACGGUGGUGGCCGUCCAGAACUGCACGUGGCGCAGCUACAAAUCAGAGGUUCACUUCCAGCCCCGGCACAGGCCGCUACACUUCCAAAGCACGGCCAUCGUGUUCCCCAAGCACGCCCGCAACACAUACCGCACCACGCUCAACUACAACAGCAGCAGAAACACAGCCGGGCGACGGUGGUUUGUGUCCACAGUCAGGCUCGAGUCCACCGAGGACGCCAGUCCAUGCAUCAUUUACACAGAAGACCUCUGAGAGACACAUGAGAGGUUUGUUAUCGUUCCCAACAUGUCAAAAAACAAAAAAACUCCCUAGAGAGUGAGAGGACGUGGACUCGGUUACUAAAACCCUGAUUCAAAACGAAUGGCAAGAGACUUUAAAGAAAGGAAACGAAAAGUCAGUGAGGGCCAUUUUGUUGUUUUGCUUCCGGUGACAUUGGUACUUGAUAGUGGGGAUGUGUGUGUGUGUGUGUGUGCAUUCUUUACAUGGGUCGCAUGUCAGUGAUGUAUUUAUGUACAUCUUUUUUAACUGAUUCAUAUCCGAUUGUACCCGUCAGGUGGAGGGAAAGCAUUUGGGUCAAAACGGUUUCUCUCGUUUGCUGAUUCAUUGGCUCCCAUGGAAUCCGUGCCCGCAGAAUUCCAAUGAAAGAUCGGCAGAUUUACACGGAACGCAAAAGAAUGUUAUUUAAAAAUCAAAUCGAAAUCUCUUUUAUUUGUCAAUGUGUGUCUGGUACUAGAAUUUCGCUUGGUUCCAUUUUAGUGCCUCACAUGGUGUUUUUGCAUAGUAACAUUUUUAUAUAUUUUUUUGAUAAGGUUUUAUGCUACACUCAUAAAAGAAAAGGUUCUAUAUACAAUCUUAAUGGGUUCUAUCAGGCGCCUCAUAUAUAGAACCUUUUGAUGAGAUCAUUUUAUGCAAGUUUUAAU